AUGGAUGGAGUUACUAGAGCGGUGGAAGAAGGACAACUAACCAUUGGUGGACAACCUUUCCUUAUUAGGAAAUGGAUUACAAACCUCCCCAUGAUGAUCAAUGAUGUAAAAAAGGUGGCUAUUUGGGUUAGAUUGUUUGGCAUUCCUUUUGAGUAUUGGUCUCCAAAAGGCCUUAGCUACAUAGCAAGUGCCAUUGGAACUCCUCUUUAUGCGGAUUCUAUCACUGAAGGAGGGACAAGACUGGAUUUUGCAAGGAUAUGUAUUGAGAUCAAAGUGGAUGCGGAAUGCCUGGAGUCUAUAAGUUUAACUCUAUCGAAUGGUGAAAGCAUGGUGAUCAAUGUAAAGUAUAGUUGGAAACCUUUAAAAUGCAAUGCUUGCCAAUGCUUUGGACACUCCACAGCCAGCUGCUCGUUAGCUUCGAAGCUUGUAAGCAGCUCAUCUUCUCAGAAAAUUCUGAAGGAUGGGGCUGGAAUGAUAGUAUCUAAGAAAUAA